UCCUGCAAUUAAAGGAGGCAGCUCUCUAACUGUUGCUGUUUUUUCUUUCUGCGCGAUGGCGCUUACCGUCUUCAUUCUCCAGCUGGCUGUCUGCAUCCUGGCAUUUCCCAUGUACCUACUGAACUUUCUGGGCAUAUGGAGCUGGAUAUGCAGAACAUUAUUCCCCCACUUCUUGGCAUGGGUCUCUGUGAUCUACAAUGAAAAAAUGGCGAGCAAAAAGCGGGAGCUAUUCAGCAACCUGCAGGAGUUUGCAGGCCCCUCCGGGAAGCUGUCCCUGCUGGAGGUGGGCUGUGGCACGGGGACCAACUUCAAGUUCUACCCGCCUGGAUGCAGGGUAACCUGUGUUGACCCCAACCCCAACUUUGAGAAGUUCUUGAUCAAGAGCAUCGCAGAGAACCGACACUUGGAGUUCGAGCGCUUCCUGGUAGCUGCCGGGGAGAACAUGCACAACGUGGCCGAUGGCUCGGUAGAUGUGGUGGUCUGCACCCUGGUCCUGUGUUCGGUGAAGAGCCAGGAGCAGACCCUCCAAGAGGUGUACAGAGUGCUAAGACCAGGAGGAGUUUUUUGUUUCUUGGAGCAUGUAGCAGCUAAGCCUUUGACCUGGAACUACUUCUGGCAACAGAUCCUGGAUCCUGUCUGGUUCCUUCUGUUUAAUGGGUGCAGCCUCACCAGAGACACCUGGAAGACCCUGGAGCGGGCCAGCUUUUCUAAGCUGAAGCUGCAGCACUUGCAGGCCCCAUUGUCCUGGGAGCUGGUGCGCCCCCACAUCUUUGGAUAUGCUGUGAAAUAGCAUGGAAUUAGCAGUAGAGAGCACAAUGGCUCAUAUAAUAUAAGGCUUCAGUUUUUACAUUGAAAAUACUAAUCAGGAGAAGGGAAACCCAUGUUUUUAGUUAAAGUUUAAAAGUUUUCUGUAAUAUUUUGAAUAAGGGCUUCAGAAAGAGGUGUCUGGCCUAUCCAAGGUAGCUGGCCUAGGAGUAGGCCUGACUCCAUUUUGUUUAAAAGCUCCUGCUUCUGCAUUCCUGAGAAGGUAACCUUGACUUCUUCCCAUUCACAUGCAUACGGCUUUAGGCCUCUGGCUGGGUGAACCCAACAGACCUUGGUCUAUCACUUACCUUAUUUAAGUGGCGGCUCCUGCCCCAAGACGACUCAUGUCAAAUGAGGAUGGGGGUCAGGAAUGCCAUUACAGGAGAAUGAGUUUAUUCGGAAUGUUCCAGGAAGAAGAUAGUUGAAAAUAGAAUUGACCAUGCACCAUCACUGCACCAUUUAAAUGUAAAAGAGCAAACUAUUUUUAAGAUCUUUUUGGUUUUUCCUUUAACUACUUAGCAUAUAACCAAUCUAAAGGGCCCUCAUAUACCCCUUAAGCCAAUCAUCUUAAAGCUACCACUUGGAGAUGUCCCGCCUUCUGCUUCCCUAAUUGCUCCCCCACCAAUCAGAAUAUUGUAGCCGGAGUUCCUGGUCUAGCCCGAUAUGUUUGUAACUGCUGUUAGCUGAAACGUUUGAUUACAUUUUCAUGAGAGCUAGCAUGUCCCCAGCUGGAGCUGUCUUUUUGCUUUCAAUAAAUCUCUUGUUUUGAUUUUAAGCAGAUUCUGUGUCAUUAUUCUAUGACAAUUCUAUAUAGCCAUUUUCUGUUGUCUCCCGAAGAAUUAAAAAACAAAAACAGCUUUGAGCUCUCCCUUAAAAAGAAACAGUGAGCUUUCAAAAUUUAAGUCCACCAUUAUCCCUGAACCUUACUUUAUUCAGUAGUGUCAGAUUUUUUUCCAAGUGUAUCAUUUAAAUUGUUAACCAACAGAUUUUAAUUCCAUCUCCUCUUUAUGAGCUUGGUGCUAAUAAGCAGUUAAAUCACUCAAAAGAAGAUUUUUAAAA